UCUCUCUCUCUCUCUCUCUCUCUCUCUCUCUCUCUCUCUCUCAGAAAUGGCCUUGACACUCGGCUCUUCUUCAUCUGCUUUCAUCAACAUAAAAGACAGCAAGACCCACAAAUCAACGGAAGACUUCAUCUCCGGUGCAGUCGCCUACGUUCCGUUAAAGCCGACCUGCCAUCUCAGCGCAACGAAUUCAAGUAGCGUGAUGUAUGUGUCACAGGAUAAUGCGACGUUGAGGAGCGACGAUUAUUUGGAGAGACUACAUGCGGUGUCGGGUGGAUGUAAGGGAGGUUUUGGCGUCCCUGUCUUUGUAAUGUUGCCUCUUGAUACAGUGUCGAUGGGAGGGAGCUUGAAACAGGGGCGGGCACUGAAUGCGAGUUUGAUGGCGUUGAAGAGUGCAGGGGUUGAGGGAGUGAUGGUGGAUGUGUGGUGGGGAUUGGUGGAGAAGGAUGGCCCAUUGAAUUAUAAGUGGGGACCCUAUGUUGACCUUGUUCAAAUGGUUCAAAAGCAUGGGCUGAAGCUUCAGGUUGUCAUGUCUUUCCAUCAGUGUGGUGGGAAUGUUGGUGAUUCUUGCAGCAUACCAUUACCAACAUGGGUGGCAGAAGAAAUAAACAAGAACCCAGAUCUUGUUUAUACAGAUAGGUCAGGUAGGAGGAACCCUGAAUACAUAUCUUUGGGAUGUGAUACAUUGCCUGUGCUUCAAGGGAGGACUCCUCUCCGAGUCUAUUCUGACUACAUGUCCAGCUUCCGUCAAACCUUCAAAGAUUAUCUUGGAGGAGUGAUUGUGGAAAUUCAAGUGGGAAUGGGCCCAUGUGGAGAGCUGAGAUAUCCAUCGUAUCCAGAAAGCAAUGGUACUUGGAGAUUUCCCGGCAUUGGAGAAUUUCAAUGCUACGAUAAGUACAUGAGAGCUUCUCUGCAAGCAUCAGCGGCUGCGAUCGGCAAGCCCGAAUGGGGAAAAGGCGGGCCCCACGACGCCGGCCAUUACAACCAGUUCCCCGAGGACAACGCCUUUUUCCGGCGAGAUGGUGGGUGGAACACUGAAUACGGCCGCUUCUUCUUGGAAUGGUACUCCGGCAUGCUAAUAGACCACGGCGAACGCAUUCUGGCGGCUGCGGAGGGGAUAUUUCACAGCACAGGCUCCAAGCUAUCCAUCAAGGUGGCGGGAAUCCACUGGCAUUACAGAACUAGGUCCCACGCAGCGGAAUUAACGGCCGGAUAUUACAACACCCGAUAUAGGGACGGGUACAUGCCGAUCUCACGUCUGUUAGCUAGGAGGGGUGCUAUUUUGAAUUUCACGUGUAUGGAGAUGCGGGACGAGCAACAACCCAGCCAUGCGAACUGCUCGCCGGAGUUGCUUGUCCAGCAAGUCAAAUCGGCUGCCAAGAUCGCCGAGGCUGAGCUGGCCGGUGAGAAUGCAUUGGAGAGAUAUGAUCAGGACGCAUAUGCACAAGUGGUUGAGGCGAGUAGCGGCAAUUCGACAAAUAGGUUGAGUGCAUUUACGUAUCUGAGGAUGAACAAGAAGCUGUUUGAAGGGGAGAAUUGGCGGCAGUUUGUUCAGUUCGUGAAGAACAUGUCAGAAGGCGGGCAGAGGGAUGGACGCUCUGAGAGCGAUUCUAGCCAAUCUGACCUUUAUGUCGGUCUUAGCGGCGGAUGGAAUUUGUCGACUAAGGUUGUUGUAUCAGUGUAAAUAUGGAAAUUGGAAAGAGAAAAGAGAGGAAAGAAAUACACCUCCUGUGUAAGUAAUGUAAUUCAAUACUCAUGAAUCAAACUGUUAUUGUGGGCCCCA